CACAUGUCUAAAUAUUGAGAAAAGACCUUUACGCAACAAAAAAAAAAAAAUUAGGAUUGGUAAAUCAUACCUCAAUUUGUUUCAUGUUAAUGUCAUGCAUUUGAAUUUGAUCGUUUUAAGGAGUUGUGUUUGUCACACCAUUCCCAAGUUUUUUUUGAGUUUUUAAUUAGGGAUCCAAGUGAUUAUGCUUUUUAUCAAGUUCUAGCUGUUGAAUUGUAUAGAGAAGAAGCCGCGACAAAACUAUUUUUGAAUGUGAAUGGCAAAAACUUAACCGUCAAAAGCAACUGCUCUAGUGGAGCUACAAGUUUAUAAUCACGCAAAAAGUUUUGUUGUCAGUGUUAUACAAUUGAUAGAAGUGUAAUUAUUUAUUUCAUAAAACAAGUUUUGGUGCGCGCGAAUACUCUUAUUGUCUGAAUUAACCAAACUUUUUCUGGGAAUUAUAUGGUACAUUGUGCUUGAUACAACAAAAAUCAUGGAAGGAGUUUGUAACAUUGAAACUGGGACCAGUAUAAAUAUAAAACGAACUGAUGGACGUAUUCAUUCUGCUAUAGUUUCUGGUGUUAAUUGGGACAUGAGGAGUGUCACUGUCGAAUGGUUUGAAAGGGGUGAAACAAAGGGGAAAGAGGUGGAGAUUGACACGAUUCUUGCUCUCAAUCCAGAUUUGAAUGCGAAACAUAUGGGUCCUCCUACAGCUCAGGUCAAUGACUAUAUGUUGGCAACAUCACGAGCAAGGGACUCGUCUGAUGAAGACGAAGAUGGUCUCGAUGAUUUGGAAUUGAAUCAAGAGGAAAGAAAUGGACUGACUUCUGCAACGCUUCCUGUACGAGUUACUUCUCGAAUUUCGCAUUCUACAAGGGCCAGCAUUUCUGUGAAAGCUGGAAUAAAUAGAAACAAUCAGAGACAACAGCCCAGUCGUCCAACGAAUAUAAUGCCUCAUAAUGGUGAAACGAUAUCUAAUCUAACUGGACGUCGAGAAAUGAUGGAGAACAUACCUCCAACACCUACAACAAAUCCAACAUUUAACGUUUCUAAUGCAGCAUCCAAACAGCAGAAAAAAAAUCAACAGCAAGUCCAACAACAACAACAACAACAGCAACAACAGCAGCAGCAGCAACAACAACAACAAGUUUUAGAAAAUGGCAGAAAUAGAAGGUCAAAUGUCGUUAAAGAGGUUGAGCGACUCAAGAAAAAUAGAGAAGAGAGAAGACAGCGUCAAGCCGAACUCAAGGAAGAAAAAGAAGCCCUCAUGAAUUUAGAUGCAGGCAAUCCUAAUUGGGAGUUUUUAGCUAUGAUUAGAGAAUAUCAAAACAGUGUAGAUUUUAGACCAUUGCGAGAGACAGAUACUGUUGAUGAUCACCAAAUUACUGUGUGUGUGAGAAAAAGACCAUUAAAUAAGAAGGAACAAAAUCGCAAAGAAGUGGACGUGAUAACUGUUCCCAGUAAAGAUCAAAUAGUAGUGCACGAACCUAAAGCAAAGGUUGAUUUAACUAAAUACCUUGAAAAUCAACUCUUCAGAUUUGACUAUGCUUUCGAUGAAACCUGUACAAAUGAAGUUGUUUACAAAUAUACAGCUAAACCUCUAGUGCAAACAAUUUUCGAGGGUGGAAUGGCAACAUGUUUUGCAUACGGACAAACUGGAAGUGGAAAAACACACACAAUGGGAGGUGAUUUUAAUGGAAAAACUCAAGAUUGCAAAAAAGGAAUUUAUGCCAUGGUUACCAAGGACGUUUUCAAGUAUCUAAAGUCGCCUAAAUAUCGGCCUCUAAAUUUAGUGAUAUCGGCGAGUUUCUUUGAAAUAUACUCUGGAAAAGUUUUCGAUCUUUUGGCAGAUAAGGAAAAGUUACGAGUUCUCGAAGAUGGAAAACAGCAGGUACAAAUUGUUGGUUUAACUGAGAAAGUAGUAGAAACUUGUGAUGAAGUUUUAAAACUUAUUCAGCAUGGAAAUAAUGCCAGGACAAGUGGACAAACUAGCGCUAAUUCAAAUUCUUCAAGAUCACAUGCAGUUUUUCAAAUAAUAGCUCGAACUCCUGGAAUGCAUAAAAUUCAUGGCAAAUUUUCUCUUAUUGAUUUAGCUGGAAAUGAAAGAGGAGCUGAUACAUCAUCUGCAAAUAGACAAACGAGAAUGGAAGGUGCUGAAAUAAACAAAUCUCUUUUAGCUUUAAAAGAGUGUAUACGUGCUUUAGGACGCAAGGGUACCCAUUUACCUUUCCGGGCAAGCAAAUUGACUCAAGUUCUUAGAGAUAGUUUCAUUGGUGAAAAAUCUAAAACCUGCAUGAUUGCUAUGAUUAGUCCGGGUAUGAGUUCAUGCGAACAUUCAUUAAAUACAUUGCGAUAUGCAGAUAGGGUAAAAGAAUUGGCAGCUAACGAUCCUACGGAAACAAAAAAUUCUCCUUCAGAUGAUGAUCAGCAGCAGAUUGAAGUUAAAUUAGAAGAGGAUCAGACAAAUAACAGCGUCUUAUCUGAUAGUGACUUGGCUCAAUUACGAUCUCUUAAUGAGGGCGAAAUCUCACAAGAUCUUUAUACAUUUCAUGAAGCAGUAUCGGCAUUGCAAUUACUUGAGGAAGAAGUUUUGGAUACACACAAAACUGUUAUUGACAGUAGUAAUACUUUCAUAAACGAUGCUCACUCUGUCUUUUCUGUAACACAUGAAGUCGAUUACGACCAAGAAGAAAUGAGACGGAAAAGAACAAAAUUCGAUUCACCCUACUUGAGGAGGAGGUUCUCUUUACGUAAGCGCCUCAUUGAGAGAAAGCAAUUUUCAGAUGCUUAUGCAGAAAAAUGGGAGCAGCUUUUAAUUCGACAAAGGGACAAACUAAAUGAUGCUUUGGAGCAAGUUUGUAAAUUUCGCAGUCAACUUUUGCAGGAAGAGCAAAUUAGUCAGAAAAUGACACGUACGCGCAAUACACGCUACAAUUAAAAAAUUAUUUCUCAUCAUUAGAUUGCGUGUGCAUUAUUACUAACAACAAAACGAAAUAAGAAUUACACUUUUUGAAACGAAUUAAAAAACCCUAUUUUCCCUCUUUGAUGUAUAAACAUUUUUACAUACAUACAUAUAUUCAUACAUAAUAUAAUGCUCAACAAUUUUGGUCAACUUGAAUAAGAAAAGAAAAGAAAAAAAAAAAACUAAUGUCAAAAACAAGAGCAGUUUUCUGAGAAUCUCGACAUUACAAUUUGCGAAUACUAACGAAAGAAGAAAUCAUUUUGAUUCUUAUAGAAUCGUCUCACAUAUAAUGUGUUUAGAAAUGAGCAGUAUUUUUUAAAAAAAAAAAAGUAUUUCUUGUUUAAAAAAUUGUGCUAUUUCUAAACACUAACUCAAUAAUAAUAGCGUAACAAAAACCCCCUUUUCGUCGACCAUUGCUCUCUUUCUCCAUCCAUUAUAGACUGCACACACAUAAAAAAGUGUUUUUUAUCUGUUUGAGAAAAAAUUAAUUAAUUUAGCAUACUAAUGAUAAAAUAAAAAUGUUGAGAAAAUACAUACAUGUCAACGAUCUCUGAUGAUAAAAAAAAUUAAGUUGUCUUUAAAGUUAAAAAAUAGUCUUGUAAAUUUUUAAUAAAAAAUAAUAUAUUUGAGGUAUAAAAAAAAAAAAAAAAAAAAAAAAAAUGACCAUUAAUUUGAAAUAUUCUUAUAAAAUAUCACUAUUAUAGUGAACACAGAAAUAUAAACGACUGUAUGUAUGCAUUAUGUAUGUAUAUAAUAUUGUGUGCAUUAGAUUAUAAAGAAGAAACAAAAAUUAUUCAAAAUUGUAUUUAAAACUAAAUAGAAAAAUGUUUUGUUGGAAAUAAUGAUGGUGACUCUCGUGCGCAACAGUAGAUCGGUACACGUAAAUAUAUAUAUAUAUAUCUCGCUAUUCGUAUUAAACCAAAUAACGACUGAUUAAAAAAAAAAAAAAAAAAACAAAAAGAAAUUCUAUUAAGAAGAUGUGCCACGAUGAAAAUGACUCCAUUUAGCACUAUAUAGUAUUCAAAACGAUAACAAAGUCAACUUUUUAUAUAGAGUAAAAGAAAAUACGUUUUAAAUUAUACACAUAUAUAAAUAUAUACAAAGUUGUACUUUUUUUUUAAACAAUUUUUACCUAUGAGUUUUUAAUUUAAAAAAAUAUAAUUUAAAAUGGUAAUAUCAUCUUGGCAGAUGUCCUUAAUAUUACUUGAUUAUCAUGCGUCUCAUAUAUUAAAAGAAAUGUAAGCAUGUGAUUUAAUAAAAUAAUAUAAAAAUGUGUCCAUACGGAACACAAAGAAAGUGCCCCAUGUCGGCGACAAAUUACGGCCGCUUUUCUAUAAUAUUGUUUGACAUGCAGAAAAUAAUGAAAACAUUCUCCCGCUGUUGAGAAAUGAUUAUAUAAAAGUGUAUUUUUUUUAUUUGUUUAUUAAUAUAAAAAUUAAAUUACAGUCCUAGAUGUAUUCUAUUUAAUUGUUACGGACAAACCAUUUGUAAAAAAAUUCAACAAUUAUAAUUCUUUGAAAAUAAAUAAUCCGCUUUUAUCUUUUCA